AUGGCUCUUGUAGCCAGCUCCUGGCGAGAAACAUCCUUAGGUAACCCAGUGAGCCUGAACUCUUUGCCUAACGGUUUGAAUCCUUUACCUCAAACUAGUACUUUAACUCCUUUACCCACCAACAUUAAUCCUAUUAAUCUUGAAACAUCCGAUCCUUCGCUGAUCAAUCGACAAACGCCGUCACAAAACUCACAAAAUAGUAAUAACAGUGUAGAUAAGAACCAGAACAUUGAGUGUGUUGUGUGUGGGGACAAAAGUUCUGGUAAACACUACGGACAAUUCACAUGCGAAGGAUGCAAAUCAUUUUUUAAAAGGAGUGUUAGAAGAAAUUUAACGUACUCAUGUCGAGGGAGCCGGAAUUGUCCGAUAGAUCAACAUCAUAGAAACCAGUGCCAAUAUUGUCGUUUAAAAAAAUGUAUGAAAAUGGGCAUGCGAAGAGAAGCUGUGCAGCGUGGCAGAGUACCACCAUCGCAGCCUUCGCUUCCAGGUUUACCAAAUCAGUUCCUUAACUCAACAGACUCGAUGAAUACAUCUCUAAGCAACCACACGUACCUCAGUAGUUACAUAUCACUAUUAUUAAGAGCAGAGCCGUACCCUACAAGUCGAUAUGGUCAAUGUCUGCAAAGUAAUAACAUAAUGGGCAUUGACAAUAUAUGCGAGUUAGCGGCGCGGCUGCUAUUCUCAGCAGUAGAAUGGGCAAGGAAUAUACCCUUUUUUCCAGACCUUCAAGUAACUGACCAGGUGGCAUUACUUCGAUUAGUUUGGUCUGAGCUGUUUGUGUUAAAUGCCAGCCAGUGUUCCAUGCCCCUGCAUGUGGCGCCCCUAAUUGCUGCUGCAGGUCUUCAUGCAUCACCCAUGUGUGCAGACAGGGUUGUGCAAUUUAUGGAUCACAUUAGGAUAUUUCAGGAACAAGUAGAAAAAUUAAAAGUUUUGCAUGUAGAUUCGGCCGAAUAUUCCUGUUUGAAGGCUAUAGUACUUUUUACCACUGAUGCGUGUGGGUUAAGUGAUAUCGCUCAUAUCGAAUCCAUACAGGAAAAAUCCCAAUGUGCUCUAGAAGAAUAUUGUAGGUCACAAUAUCCAAAUCAGCCUACACGAUUUGGCAAAUUACUAUUGCGUUUGCCAAGUUUAAGGACAGUCAGUUCCGCAGUAAUAGAACAAUUAUUUUUUGUAAGGUUGGUUGGAAAAACUCCGAUCGAAACCUUAAUACGAGAUAUGCUUUUAUCUGGUAGUUCUUUUUCAUGGCCAUAUAUGUGA